AUGUUCGCGCAGUGCAGCGGCGACAUAUGGGACGCCGAUGAUUUCUCCUUGUGUUUCCAGCACGACUACCUGCAGACCCUGCUGCCGCUGACGGCUUGUGGCGUGUCCGCACUAUAUCUGGCGUAUCAGUUGCUUCGAGUCGCUGUGAAACAAUCAACCCAUUCGCGCAAUGGAUACAGCAAGCUCAAGCAACAAGCUUGGAAUGGAGUGGGGAGCCAUGCAGCGCGAGAAGAGGAGGAUGAUUCGGAGACUGAUGGCGAAGAAGAGAAUAGCGAGGACGACAUGCAGCGCAACCAGGACCUGGCUUUGCAGAUGACCAAGAGUCGGGCGACUGAGGCCUCAGUCAUUACCGUGGACCGUCCGCGAGGAGAACUUGUCAUAAUCAUAAUAGAAGAGCUGGCCGUGCUGGCUCAGCUCGGUAUACAAGCGGCCGCGUUGAUAAUUGGUGCAUGGGGUCCGGGAGGCAACAUCGCAGCCAUUGCAAGCGUGGUCGUGUGGACGUACAUUGCCGUUCUGGCUUCCCUCCGACUGCUCCUCUCGAGCCAGUCCAAGUGGUCUUUUUCCAAGUUCUGGUACCACACUGCUUUCCUCUACUGCUUCCAGUGGGUCUGCGUAGUCUUGCUGUUCCGGUCGGAGAUCAUACAUCCAAUUUCCAACAUCUCGGAAGCUUUGAUGAGCACAAGUUUUGCGCUCAGUACGCUUCUGGCCUUGGUUGCUUUGACCUCGAGGAAGGGCAACCGUGCGGUCGAGCUGGAGUACGAGGAUGGAAUUGAGCCAUCUAGAGAGCCACUCGCAAGCGUGCUGUCCUUGGCCACUUUUACAUGGUGUGACCCUAUCGUAUGGGCAGGCUAUCGGCGGACUUUCGAAAUGAAGGACGUGUGGAAUCUGAUGCCAAGGGACAAAGCCGCUGCAAUUCUGGCGGAUUACCGACAACUUAAGAAGACCAACAUUCUUGCUUGGCAUCUGCUUCGCUACUUCAGACGAGCCCUCCUCAUUCAGGCAGCUUGGGCGGCGAUAUCCGGGAUUGUCACCUUCGUCCCGACUCUGCUGCUCAAGGUAAUCUUGGAGUACAUUGAGGACCCCGAAUCGACUCCUCGCAAUGCCGCCUGGUUCUAUGUUAUUCUCCUAUUUGUCUCCGGUUGUGUCAACGCCCUUUCCAGUGGCCAGGCACUAUGGGUUGGCAGAAAGAUUUGCAUCAGAAUACGCGCCAUCAUCAUUGGCGAGAUAUACGCAAAGGCACUCCGACGACGAGCAGCAGCGGCAGCGGAUAAGGUUCUCGGCGAGAAUGUAAAGAAGGACGACGAGGCACCGAAGGAGGGCUUCUUCAAGCGAUUCUUGACUUUUGGCAAGACGAAAAAGAAGAAGACGUCCCAGAACGGUGCGGCUGUCAAGCCUGUGGCUGCAGCGGACGAGUCACAAGUGACUUUCGGUGCGAUCAUCAAUUUGAUGGCAGUAGACUCUUUCAAGGUGUCCGAGAUCAGUGCCUAUCUACACUUUUUGUGGGCCGAGACUCCUGUCCAAUUUGUGCUGGCAAUCGGACUACUCUAUCAAUUCCUCGGUCGCAGUAGUAUUGUCGGCAUUGGAAUGAUGGCGUUACUCUUGCCUGUCAACAUGUUCAUCGCAAAUCAGUUCACUUCCGUGCAGAAGAAGAUCUUGGCGGCUACGGAUGCUCGGAUACAUACGACAAACGAGGUUCUGACAAAUGUUCGCAUCAUCAAGUACUUCGCAUGGGAGCAGCGUUUCCUGGCCACCGUAGAAGAGAAGCGUGUCGUCGAGCUGAGGCAUCUCAGGUAUCGUUACAUCAUCUGGGCCGUUGCAGCUACCAUCUGGUCUGGUGCGCCAGUGGUGAUUACAUUCCUGACAUUCUUGUUCUACACGAUGGUCGAGAAGAAAGACCUCGUCCCGUCAGUUGCGUUCACAGCGCUAUCACUGUUUAGUUUGCUGCGGAUUCCGCUUGACCAGCUGGCAGACAUGGUCGCACAUGUUCAAGAGUCAAAGGUCUCAGUGGACCGUGUUGAGGAGUAUCUGAACGAAGCUGAGACCGACAAGUACCGACAGCUGCAGACUAAAGAGCGUGACGAGAACGGAGAACCGCUCAUUGGGUUUGACAAUGGAACUUUCAGCUGGGGAGGCAAAGAUGCGGACGACUUCAAGAUGAUCGAUCUCGAUAUAUUCUUCAAGGUUGGCCAGCUCAAUGUCAUCAUCGGGCCUACUGGAAGCGGCAAGACAUCGAUGCUCAUGGCUCUACUCGGAGAAAUGACAUUGCUCGAGGGCUCCGUAUAUCUUCCCGGAGGCCGCAGCAGAGAGGACGUCAAGCGCGAUCCCCAGACUGGACUCAUCGAGAGUGUUGCCUACUGCGCGCAACAAGCAUGGCUUGUCAAUGGCACCAUCAAAGAGAAUAUUGUGUUCGCCAGCAACUGGGACGCGAGACGGUACAAGGAUGUCAUCAUCGCAUGCUCGCUGCAGCGAGACCUUGAGAUUCUGGACGGCGGCGACCAAACGGUAGUCGGGGAGAAGGGUGUCACUCUCUCCGGCGGACAGAAGCAACGUAUUAGUCUGGCACGAGCGCUUUACUGCGAUGCUCGCCACGUCCUUCUGGACGAUGUCCUGAGCGCUGUCGACUCACACACAGCGAAAUGGAUAUUCGACAAGGCACUUAUGGGUCCUCUAAUGCACCACAGAACAUGCAUUCUGGUCACACACAAUGCAGCUCUAUGUCUGCCACGCGCCGAGUUCGCGGUGGUGCUCGACAACGGCCGGGCUACUGCUCAAGGAACAGCUUCUGAGGUAAUUCAAUCGGGAAAGCUUGCUGAAGAUCUAUCCAAAUUCGAUUCCAGAUCUCCGUCGCGUCCUACAUCCGUGUUGCCCUCGAGGGUCCCAUCCGAUAUUGGUGGCGACUCCCUUAUGGCUGAGCACCACACUGCGGCGGCCGCCGCUCCUGCAACUCAUGGUACAGCAAAUGGUCACCUUGAGCGCCGACCCACUGAUACUGGUCCAGAUGGCGAUGCGCUGUCCAAGGUCUUCUCCAAAGACAUUCCUGGCAUCAAGGAACCUAUCGACGAGACUGCUGGCUACUCCGAGUCGAAAGCUACCGGAGCGGUCAAGCUUUCCAUCAUCACAAUGUACCUGUCCUACAUGGGUGGACUCUUCUACUGGGCGCUGGCUGCAGUUUGCUUCGCCUUGCAACAGCUCUCGCAAGUCGCCACCAAUGUGUGGAUCAGGCAAUGGGCAAACGCUUACACUCGCACUGAAUAUGUCUCUGCCGGUGGCAUGCAAAAUAUGACGCAGAUCCAUCAUGCAUCAUCACCUGUGACGCAUGUUCGGGGCGUGAUCAGUAGCUCGUCCAGCUGUCUUCGAAGCGGUUCCUGCCUCUGGAGUAUGCCGUUCUGGUCGCAGCAGGUGCAAGAUCUUCGAUCAUUCAAAGUAAUGAACUCCGAGGUUGAUGUUGGCUACUACCUGGGCGUCUAUGCUGCUCUCGGAGUUGCCUACAUGGCUGUCACGUUGCUUCGCGAAGGUGUCCUGUUUGGAGGCUCGCUCGCUGCAUCCAAGCGCAUCCAUCGGCAGCUGAUGGAGACAGUCACACACGCCAAAUUCCGAUUCUUCGACUCAACGCCUCUUGGCCAGAUCAUGAACCGCUUCUCCAAAGAUGUGGAAGCUGUGGAUCAAGAGAUCGCCCCCGUAGCUGUCGGCGUGGUUCACUGUAUGUUUUCCAUCCUUACUAUCGUGGUCCUCAUUUCAGUAAUCACUCCGGCCUUUCUGAUCGCUGGUGUCUUCAUCACGGCGCUUUACUUCAUCAUCGGAAAGAUUUACAUCAGCUCCUCUCGGGAUCUGAAGCGACUUGAGUCUAUUCAGCGAAGCCCACUCUACCAGCAGUUUGGCGAAACGCUCUCCGGUAUGACAACCAUCCGAGCCUAUGGAGAUGAACGCCGCUUCAUCCGUGAGAACCUCGCGAGUGUCAAUACACAUUCUCGCCCCUUCAUCUACCUCUGGGCAGCGAACAGAUGGCUAGCGCUCCGUGUGGAUGUUGUGGGCGCUUUGGUAUCCUUCUUCACAGGCGCCUUCGUCAUCCUCAGUGUUGGCCGAAUCGACGCCGGCGCGGCCGGUCUGGCCAUGACCUACGCCGUCACCUUUACAGAGAACGUUCUGUGGUUCGUCCGCUUGUACGCAAGCAACGAGCAAAACAUGAACGCCGUGGAACGUGUGAAGGAGUAUCUCGACGUCGAGCAAGAGGCCCCACCGAUUGUACCCGACAACAGGCCAGCAGCCAACUGGCCAGAGAAGGGCUCCGUGGAGUUCGAUGGCUACAGCACUCGAUACCGAAAGGAUUUCGACUUUGUGCUUAAGCGUAUCACCUUCAAGAUCCAACCCGGUGAGAAAGUUGGCGUAGUCGGAAGGACUGGUGCCGGCAAGAGCUCGCUCGCACUGGCGCUCUUCAGGGCUCUUGAGGCGGAAGAAGGGAAGAUUCUCGUCGACGACGUCGACAUCGGCCUCAUCGGCCUACAAGAUCUUCGCGAGAACAUUGUCAUGGUGCCCCAGGAUCCGACCCUCUUCACUGGCACCAUACGAAGCAACCUGGAUCCAUUUGGAUUGUUCACCGACGAGGAAAUCUUCACCGCUUUGAGAAAAGUGCAGCUCGUUGGCUCCCCGACAGCUUCCGCUGCACCUUCGAGACCAGAGACUCCCAUCAAUCGACCUCGUCGGGGAUCCCCUGUGUUGCAGAACAAGCAAUCCCCAACCUCAAAGAGCUCAACGACUCUGGCCGGAAGCCCUUCCAGUCCGACCGGGCCCCCACUGGAGAACAAGAACAUCUUCCGAAACCUCAACUCCACUGUCGCUGAAUCUGGCACCAACCUGUCUCAAGGUCAACGACAACUUCUCUGCCUGGCACGAGCAAUGCUCAAGGCUCCCAAAGUCCUCUUGAUGGACGAAGCCACUGCAUCCAUCGACUACGCCACCGAUUCCAAGAUCCAGGAGACCAUCCGCGAGAUCAAGAAUACCACCAUCACCAUUGCACACCGACUCCAAACCAUCAUCGACUACGACAAAGUCCUCGUGCUCGACAAGGGCGAAGUGGUGGAGUAUGGCGAUCCCUAUGACCUCGUGAACCAGCCAAAGGGUAUCUUCCGGGGCAUGUGCGAAAUGACGGGGGAUCUCGAUGUUCUUUUGCGGGAUGCGAAGAAGGCGCACAAUGCGAGGCGACUUGUUGAUGAUGAUGAGUAG